AUUUCGCCUUCGUCCAGGUACCACUUGGUGACGCACCUCUAGCAUCUUCCACGCCUCGCAAACAUCGACCUUGAGCCAAGGGACACUGACUCAGGACGUUUUCUUUUUCUUCUGCUAUUGUAUUCUUCUUUUAGAUUCUUCUUUUGCAGAAAACCCGAAUAGACGGCAUCCAGUGCCUGGACAGACUCGAACUCGUCUUACCGCACCCCUCCUUCCAACGCUUAAGCUCCGAUAGACCGAAACCAUGUCAUCCAUAUCAGUCGUAGUGAAACACCAAGGCAAGAAACACGAUGUCGAAAUCGACCCCAGCUCUACUGGCGAGGACUUCAAACUCCAAAUGUUCAGCUUGACCAACGUCGAACCCGAACGCCAAAAGAUUUUGAUCAAGGGUGGUCAACUCAAAGAUGAUGCCGAUAUGAGUAAACUCGGCUUGAAGAACGGUCAGGUCAUUAUGAUGAUGGGCACCCCAAGCGCCGGUGGCGACGCCCUCGUCCGACCCAAGGAAGCGAUCAAGUUUGUCGAGGAUAUGACAGAGGCUGAACAGGCUCAACAAGUCGGUGCGACACCUGCUGGUCUGAUCAACCUGGGAAAUACAUGUUAUCUCAACUCAACCCUCCAGACUCUGCGUCUGAUCCCAGAGCUUCAGGAGGCGCUCAACACGUACCAACCCGAUGGCAACGCCAGCAGCUUUAUGAUGACGGGCACGAACAUGGACUUGGCAUCUCAACUCUCAAACUUGUACAAGAAAAUGGGUGAAACACAGGACUCCUUCCCUCCCAUGAACUUCUUGAACGCUCUGCGAGUGGUAUUCCCCCAGUUUGCGGAAAAGUCCAAGACAGGACAAGGUUUUGCUCAGCAGGAUGCAGAGGAGGCUUGGUCCCAAAUCGUGCAGCAACUUAACCAGAAGCUCCGCAUCAAGAGCGAAAACACCCCUGAGACCUCCUUCGUGGAGAAGUACAUGUCUGGCGAGUUCACUUCGGUAAUGGAGUGUGAUGAGGAAGAGGCGCGCAAUGCUGGCGAGCAGCCCAUCAUUAACAAGGAGAGCUUCGCCAAACUCAACUGCCACAUAGACAGCUCAACAAAUCAUCUGCGAGAUGGCAUUGCCGCCGCGCUAAAGGAGAAGCUUGAGAAGCAGUCGGAAGUUCUGGGUCGCGAUGCUGUCUACACCAAGACUUCCAAGAUCUCUCGUGCUCCCAAGUACCUGACAGUGCACUUUGUGCGCUUUUUCUGGAAGCGAGAGACUCAGAAGAAGGCCAAGAUUAUGCGAAAGGUGACUUUCCCCAUGGAGCUUGAUAUUGUUGAGUUCUGCUCCGACGAAUUGAAGAAGGCUCUUAUUCCCGUGCGUGACAAGGUUCGCGAGAUUCGUAAGGAUGAAGAGGAUAUCGAGCGGGCCCGUAAGCGACGUAAGAAGACUCACGAUCAGGACGUCGGCGAUAUCCCAGGCGGCGCCGGUCUUCCCACCGAAAAGGAGAAGAAAGAGACCGAGAAGAAAGAAGGCAAGUCAGCAGAUGGCGACGUUGUCAUGGGCGAGGAGGGCGAGACAUACAAGACAGACGCCGACAUCGAGGCUGAGAGAAACGCUUCCAUUCUUGAGGCCAAGAAGGAGCUCAACGCUCUCAUCAACCCCGAGCUGCGAAACGAUGAUGGUGCCAAUCAGUCUGGUCUGUACGAGCUCCGAGGUGUCGUGACACAUCAAGGUGCCAGCGCCGACAGCGGCCACUACACCUCAUAUGUCAAGAAGGCUGCACCCGUUGACCCCAAGACUGGCAAGAAGGGUGAGGAGGACGGCAAGUGGUGGUGGUUCAACGACCACCAGGUUUCAGAGGUUGAAGCUGAGAAGAUUGCGACUCUCGCCGGUGGUGGUGAGUCUCACUCUGCUCUCAUUCUCCUGUACCGAGCCAUUCCUCUGCCCACUGCCGAGGGUGUCCUGGAGUAAAAAGAGCAACUAGGACGAACUUUACUAGAAGUAUAUGGCCACCUGGGAAUCGUGCUAGAUGAUUUGAUGAAUAAAACCGGACAGGAGCAUGGCAAGGCAGGGCAGUCAGGCGUAGGGAGAAAGCAUGGCAUGAACUCAAUCAAUAAAACGUUAAUUACACAACC